GGGAAUUUUGACACAGUUAUUGUCAGUUUGACGGCAAUAUUUAGGCAACGUAAUCGCUUUUUCGGCCCCAAGGAAAAUGUAAAAUUUAAGUAAAAUGUCUUUCGAAUAUUAUUCGAAAUGGUGGGCCGGCACCAGAAACGCUCUGGAGCAGCUGAGGGCCAAAGACGAAAUUUUUGUUAAAGCAACUGAUAAGAAGCUAAGAGACCGGAACUUGGCCAGUCAUUUGAUCGGAGGGUUGUAUGCGAAGUACAGCAUGAUGGUCCAGGAUUUGGGCACAAUUUUGGACCAAAUGGCCCAACCCCAAAAACGCAUAAUUGUGCGAAAACUAAUGGACACUGCUACGGUCCGUCUUCACGAACUGAGUGAAGAGCUAAGAAAUGUUGACAUUUCGGAGUACCACUACAUAGACGGUGCCUUAAUUGAACUGAAACUGGUGCCCCAAGAUGUUGAAAUUUUAGACCCCAUGUUGUACUAUCUCAGACAUUAUAACAUGGAAGAACUUUGGACCAAGAUAAAAAAUGGCGAAAAAAUUUACACACCCCCUCCCCCGCCACCACCCCCACCACAAGAAACAGAGGGUGAAGAAGGGGGCGAAGGAGAAACAUCAAAACCUAAGGAAAUUGCUGAACAAACUCCUGAAGAGAAAGCCGAAACAGAAAAAAAGGCUAAGAGACGACCCAAAAAAUUUGUCCCUGAAGUAAAGGAACUAACAGAGGAAGAGUUACAAGAAAUAAAACGUAAAGAACAAAUUACAUCCGCGGUUAUCUUAAUACAAAAUCAUGAACGUGGCAGACAAGCUCGCCUAUACUUUGACGAAAAGUGGAAAGUAAACGAAUAUCGGAGAAAAAUAAGAGAAGGUUUUAAACCUGAACCAGUUGAUGUGGAAACGCGCGAAAAAGCAUCCCUUCAUAUUCAGAGAUACUGGCGAGGACAUUGCGCCAGACAGCUCGUGAAAAGAAAAGAACUGGAAAGAAGAUAUUUGAUCAAAAUGAUCGAGCCGAGUUGGAAAUCAAACGAAGAGUUCGAAAAACUAGAAAGGAAUUUACAAAAACGGCGCGAUAUCAGGGACCAAAGAAUUAAAGAAUACAUUGAAGCUAAUUUAAACGAGAGAACAAGGGUGUUCAGAGUUAUUGGUCCUCGCUUAAUGGAAGAUAUAGGCGAUGAAAUCAGAGAAUGGUUCUAUCAGUGGUACACCCAAGUCAAAAAUUUCGACAAGUACCCACCGGAAGAAAAAGGCGGAACGGUUUUAGUAGUCCGUGGAGAAACGCUAACCCCGAAAGAAUGGAUUGAUGAAUACAACAGGAAAAAAAGAGAAAAAGUCAAAAACAAAGGGCGAGAUAAGGAAAAAUUGAAAGCUGAGAAAGAGAAGCAGAAGAAAUUGUUGGCUGAUUUGAAGAAAAAAGAAAAAGAGAAAGCCAAAAAAGAGAAACUGAGGAAGAAGAAGAAAAAGCUGAAACCUUGGGAUUUUGAACUCGAAUAUGAACCGACAGUCGCCAAAGAACCGUACGAAAAUGCCAUCGAGGAGUACCACCGAAUUUUUGACGAAAGAAAAGAUGAAGAUAAUCCCGAUGAGAAGCACUACAUGGAUAUAAUUCACGAAGAAAAGUGCUACGAAAUGCAACUGGAGUUGAGGAAAGUUGUGGACGAGAUGAUGAGGCUUGAGCUCGAAAUGUUGGAAGACGCCUUAAUGAAAGACCGCGCCAAACGCAAAGGCAAGAAGUACAAAAAGAAAAAGAAGAAGAAAAAGAAAGCCAAAAAGAGGAAAAAGAAGGGCAAAAAGGACCCCACCGGUGACAGGACCGUGGAAGAUCUAUUCCAAGAAUUGGUCGAUAAUGGGAUAAUACACCCUUACAAACACCACUAUCUUAAAGAAUACAAAGGGGAUUUUAGUUACAAUAACUGGGAGCGUAGAAAUUGGGGUUUUGAUCCUCCGGCAACCCUUGGUGACGUCCGGCAAGCCGUCAAAAUUAACUGUAUUGCACCCCUAAGUACCGAAAAAAUGAUUAAACCACGGUCGGCUCUGUUAAUUGGGCCAAGACAAAGUGGAAAACACCUUCUGGCAAAUGCGGUUUUUACGGAGAGUAAAAGUGUGCUUUUUGAUUUGUCGCCGGAAGUUCUCGCCGGGAAAUAUCCGGGAAAAAAAGGGAUGAAGAUGUUGCUGCAUUUGGUGAAUAAAAUGGCUCGGAUUUUACAACCCUCAGUUAUUUAUUUUGACGCAGCUGAGAAAAUUUUCUACAAGAAAGUGCCAAGAGGAGAGAAGCACUUGGAUCCGAAACGGAUCGGUAAAAAGCUUCAGAAAGGUAUCGUCAAGACCAUUAAACCCGAAGAUCGGGUCAUGGUUUUCGGGAUAAGUGCCCAACCUUGGUUAGGAAAGCCCGGAAAAAUGAAGAAAGUUUUCGAAAGAAUUAUUUUGAUUCCUCGUCCUGAUUACGGGAGUAUUUAUCAGUAUUGGAGGGAGUUGUUGAUGCCUUAUCACGGCAUCGACCGAAAUAUUGACGUUUCUUGUUUGGCCAAGCUCACGGUGAAUUACCCCUUGCCCGUGCUGAAGCAAGUGGCUGAAAAAGUGUUGACUCCUCGCAGGAUAAUCCAGCUUAGUUACAAUCCUUUGAGGCAGUCCGAGCUGUACGAGGAGCUAAUAACCGUGGAUCCAAUUACGGAUAAAGAGUACAAGAAAUUCGUAAAGUUUUAUAAGAAAAUUCCUUUGAUGAAGGAACGGGGAAGGCUGAACAAGUACUUGGAGAAGAAGCGAGAACAAGAGUCCAAAGCUAAGGAAAAGCAGCAGCAGAAAGCGGCGGCUAAGAAAUGACCGUGUUUGCGUCUUAUUGUAUCUCGUUUUGUUUUGUAUUAUAGUGUUAUUGAUCGAG